GAAUCUUCCAGUCGUACGGAUCCAAGCGCGACCCGAGAAACCGUUUUCACGAGUUUGUUUUCGACGAAGAAUUGUCUGCCGCUCACCUACGAUCAUGGCGUACCUCACGCACUGCUGCGGUUGCAUGACAGUUCGAACUGGAACAAUGGUGUUGGCCAUCUUAAAUAUGAUCGGGAGUGCAACUUCGCUGGCUGCCGCUUCGGUCCUCGCCGGGUUCCUCAAGUCGACUGCGAACAUCCAUGCAAACGAGCCGUCGCUGUACCGCGCGGCUAUGGCUGCGUUCGCUCUACUCGUCCUGCUAGCCAUCAUCUCCAGCGUCGUGUUCAUUGCUGCCUGCCUGUGCCUAUGGGGGGUACGCAGGGAUAAUCGUCUCUGCGUCUUGCCUUUCCUGAUAUGUCAACUCGUGGACUUGGUGUUCCGAGCGAUCCUUGUCAUCUUCCUGAUCGCAGUUCUCGCAACCACCGCCAUGUUGUGGUCUCCCGGAACCCUCACUUCGCUCGUGGUGUCCAUGCUUCUUGAAAUCUACUUCCUCUGGGUAGUUGUGUCCUACUACAAGCAACUGGAGUUUGCCGAGAGAAACCCAGGCGUUGGCACGAUGCCUGCCGCUCAAGUUGUGCCUCCUAUGACUUACGUGCCACCUCCCAGUGCCCCGCCUUCGGCUCCGGGAGUGCGCAAUUCAGGAUACGUUGUGUGAAGAAGCUCAUGUCUGCUCCUCGUGUUCUUGCUUUCUUUUUACCCUUUCGUUGAAGUAGGUGCGACUGGUUUACC